GGCUCUGUUGGGUGUGUGUUUCUUUCAGCUUGAUGAGACCCUGGUAGAGAGGCUGUGGGGCCUGACAGAGAUGUUUCCUGACACUGUCCGCACAGCUGCUGAGUUCUCAGCACAGUGUUCGGUCUCACUGGCCAAGAAGUUUUACAGUUUUUCUCGCUCGGCCCUCUGGGUGGGAACAACUUCCUUCAUGAUCCUGGUGUUGCCUGUGGUGUUUGAAACGGAGCGGCUACAGCUGGAGCAGCAGCAGUUACAGCAGCAGAGACAGAUCUUGUUGGGGCCCAACACCGGAAUCUCUGGUGGGAUGCCAGGCAUGAUGCCGUCAGCCCCGGGAAAGAUCUGAGGACCAUGCAUUGCCCACUUCAAGCUUGGAUGUGCUGUCACAAUAAUGCUGGGCUUGUGGCCGCAAGGGGCGACAUAGAGACUGUGCAGAAACGCAAAGAACUGCCGCAACAAACAAAUUUAAAAAAAAAAGGGCCUAAGCUUCACACAGGUCUUCACAUAUGUGUUUCACUGUCUCUCCUUCCUCCAACAGCUUGCAGAGACUGAUUUUCAGGAGCACUGCUUCCAUCUUUUUUUUUAUUUUAAAUAUACUGUAUGUGUAAAUGCGUUUAUGAUCUUGACUUAAGUGUUGUAAGGGAAAUGAGGAAAAUGGGCUACAGUGAAGGAAGGGGCAGUUAAAGGUUACACACUGAGUCAGUUUUUUGAUGUCUGAAAUGGCUUCCAUGAUCUGAAUCAUUCCUCCACAUGUAAGAGCAGGAUAUGUAUGCUGGUCUGAGUCAUGUGGUGACAUUAUUACAUUUAAUAUUUGUUGAAAGGAAAUAAACAUGUCUUGGAAGCUUCUGAGAUCUUAAUGAG